CUGUUUGCUUCACUUCCUUAGUUGAUAUGCACAAUGCAGACACGACAUGUUACUAAUAUUACUAAGCAACACCCUCAGUUGCAGCAACUAAUUCAGAGGAAAGAGGACUCAACUCACCUUUAGCAACCCAAUCUCACAACUCUAUUUUUGGUCGUUGAACAUGAAGGUCAAGUAGGCACGCUUUACCUCUGACUGUUACGAAUCUUUGACACUGAAGACUCCUUACAUAAAUCGGAAACAAAUUCAAGAGCAACACAGCAAGUCAUUUUUUUUAUUUAUUUAAUUAUUCUAAAGAACCCUAAGUAAUGAUGUUCAUCACAAUGGAAUCUCCACUUUGUCAGAUUUUUCUCCUCAUGAUCUCAGGAGCUCUUGGGAAUCAAUGGAGUGUGAAAUACAGCAAACUACAUCUCUGUGCUGUAAAAGGAUCUACAGUGGUUAUGGAGGCCACUUACACACAUCCAACAAGUGUUACAGUGACAAACAGGUUUUGGUUCAUAAACUCAGUUACGGGUGUAGAGCCGACUGAUCUGCGUAAUGAAUCAGGUUACUCAGGCAGAGUGGAGUAUUUAGGAGAUAAACAGAAUCACUUCUCCCUCAGACUGAGUGAUGUGAAGAAAUCAGAUGAACACAAGUUCACUUUUAGAUUCAUAACAACUGGAGAUAAAUAUCAGGGUAAUCCUGAAAUUACACUCAAAGUUACAGAUCUUCAGCUGAUCGCUCCUGCAGAAGUGACAGAGGGAGAAUCAGUCAUUCUGACCUGUAAAACCACCUGCAGUCUGACUGAUCCAACAUUCAUCUGGUACAAAAACACACAUGAUUUAACCACAAACAGCACCGAGAGCAACGAACUCCACCUGCAGAGGGUCAGCAGUGAGGAUGCAGGCAGUUAUAACUGUGCUGUAAGAGGAUCUGAACAUCUCCCAUCUCCUGCUCAAUACCUCAGUGUCAGAUAUCAUCCAAAGAAUGUUUCUAUCAGUCCCUCUGGUGAGAUUGUGGAGGGCAAUUCAGUGAAUCUGACCUGCAGCAGUGAUGCAAACCCACCUGUGGAGACCUACACCUGGUUUAAGGGAAGGACAUCAUUGGGGAAAGGAAAGACCUACACCAUCUCUAAAGUCAGAUCUGAGGACAGUGGAGAGUACAAGUGCAUGUGCAGUAAUGAAGUCGGUCAUCAGAACUCCACCAGUGUAACUCUGAAUGUUCUGUAUCGUCCAAAGAAUGUGUCCAUCAGUCUCUCUGGUGAGAUUGUGGAGGGCAGUUCAGUAAAUCUGACCUGCAGCAGUUAUGCAAACCCACCUGUGGAGACCUACACCUGGUUUAAGGGGAGGACACCAGUGGGGAAAGGAAAGACCUACACCAUCUUUAAAGUCAGUACUAAGCACAGUGGAAUGUACAAGUGCAUGUGCAGUAAUAAAGUCGGGCAUCAGUACUCCACCAGUGUAACUCUGAAUGUUCUGUAUCCUCCAAAGAGCAUCUCAGUGUCUAUCAGUCCCUCUGGUGAGAAAUUGGAGGGCAGUUCAGUGAAUCUGACCUGCAGCAGUGAUGCAAACCCACCUGUGGAGACCUACACCUGGUUUGAGGAGAAUAAAAAAUCACCUGUAGGAUCAGGACAGAGUUACAGAGCUCUACAGAGUGGACUGUACUACUGUGAAGUUCAGAAUAAACUCGGCUCUGAGAGAUCAGCUGCAGUGUCCAUCACUAUAAAUGAUGUCUCUGUAAUUGUGUAUGGGACUGUUGGAUUGGUUGGACUUGCAGCUCUUCUCUCUGUACUCUUGUGGCUGAGUUGCAGGAGACAGAAGAAAAAUGCAGAUGAAGGUUACUAUCAGAACGUUGGGCCGAGUGCUAAAGACGGCACGCACGCAGCUCUUGUCCCUGCAGGCCGGAAAUCUGAUGAUGUUUAUCAGACACUUGCAGUUUCUCAUCCCAGUCCUCCUGAUGACACGCUCACUUCUUACUACUGCAAUGUGGAAACUUUGCGUAUCACGAUGAAGAGAAUGAGUCCUGAAACAGCUGAUGAAUAGAGAGAACUCCUCACUGAAGUGGAGAACCUGAAUCACUUCUUUACACCAGCAACAUCAACAACUUACAGCCAUUUAAAACUGUUAUUAUCAUUUCAAAUCAUCAUUUAAAGUGAAGAGAUGUUUUAUUUACCAUAUUUUCCGGACUAUAAAGCGCACCCAUAUAUAUAUUUGAACAUAAAUAAGCCGCACCUGUCUAUAAG